AUGGCCCGAAUAAAUCUCCCACCGCUGACCCGGGCUCUGCUCGCCUCGGUCGUCACCUUCACAGUCCUCAACGCCAUGCUGCGUCCGCAGGGGAACUGGGUAGAAAAGGUCGAGAAGCCGCUGACCAGCGUCGGAAACGGUGUCCCCUACCUCGCCAUCGUCCCCGGGUCGUCUGUCAUAUAUCCCUGGGUCUUCCUUCUGGCAACCGUGGUGGAGCAAAAUGUCCUGGGUCUCAUCGUCACCGGGCUUACCGUCUUCUAUGGCGGGCGGUAUCUGGAGCGCGCGUGGGGCUCCAGCGAGUUCACCAAAUUCAUCCUCUUCGUCUCCAUGAUCCCCAAUCUUCUGAGCUUCCUUCUCUACAUCUUCGGCUACCUUCUUUCUAAAAAUGCUGCUACUCUGACUACAACCAUCUCCGGCGGCAUCGCCAUCCAGGCCGGCUUCCUCGUCUCUUUCAAGGAGCUCGUUCCUGAGCACACUGUCGCAAUCGCCAAGGGCCUCGUUCGCAUGCGCGUCAAGCAUUUCCCCGCCAUCUUCCUCCUCGCGAACACUAUCUCGGGCAUCGCAUUGGGAACAGAGACCGCCAUGUUCCUCGCCUGGUUCGGCUUCUUUACCGCCUGGGUGUACCUCCGCUUCUACCGUAUCAGCCCAUCGCUGUCCUCAGCCGCCACCGGUGACGGCUCUGUCAUCAGGGGUGAUGCCUCGGACACUUUCGCUUUUGCCUACUUCUUCCCCGAGCCCAUCCACACGCCCAUGGCGAAGCUGUCCGACCAGGUGUACAAUACCCUAAUAGCGCUGAAAGUGUGCACCCCGUUCUCUGCAGAGGAUAUCGACGCCGGAAAUGAGCAGGCGAGUGCCCGCGCGGAGGGAGGAUUGCCCAGCAUAAUGAACCCCAGCGGUCGCGGCGGGCGGGGCGGGGCAACGCGCGCGGAAGCCGAGCGAAGGCGAGCUCUUGCUCUCAAAGCCUUGGACCAGCGACUACACGCCGCAGCAUCUCGAGGGCCAUCUGCUCCCGCCCCACCUGCAGCCCCCACGGCUUCCAGUAUGCUCGGUGAGACAACUUACGAACCCGAACGACAUGACGAACCCGACAGGCCGGCGUCAUAA